UGAAUCUUUGCACAAUUUCCAUACAAUGCAAAUCGAAACUAAUCACUAUAAAACCUUGUCAACUGCCGUUAUCAGCAUCAGUCAAGUGACUUCCUUCAGAACAUUCGGUGAUCAUGAGGGGUCUAGUGUUGUGCUGCGCGGCGCUGGUGGCGCUGGCGGCCGUGAGCUGCCACGAGGCGGAGGGGGGGCAGGACCUGGUGCCCGCCGCCAGCCACCACGGGAAGAAGUGGGACAAGGGCGGGGGACACGAGCACCACGCGCACCAUCACCACGACCACGGGGAGAAGGGACACAAGGGCUACAAGGGACAUCACCACCACGAGCACGGGAAGAAGGGACAUCACCACCACGAGGGACAUAAAGGACAUCACGACGAGCACGGCGGACACAAGAAGCACCACCACCAUGAUGAUGGACACCAUCACGAACACCAUCACGGAGAGAAGGGCCACAAGGGACACGGGCACAAGGAGGAGGGUCACUACAAGAAAGGACACUCGACUAAAGGACACCACGGCGUGCACAAACACGACGAGUUCAAGAAGGAGAAGCACUUCCACGACAAGCACGGCGACGCGGGGCACCACGAGCACCACGGCGGCCACCACCACAAGGAGGGGCACAAGAAGGGGGGACACUUCCACAAGGGACACAAGCACGGCAAGCACCACGAGCACAAGCACGGGAAGAAGGGACAUCACGAGAAGGGCGGACACCACCACGACCACAAGGGACACCACGAGGAGGGGGGCCACCACGAGCACCACCACCACCACCACGACCACGGCAAGAAGGGGGGGCACGAGGACCACAAGCACUGGGACUGGAAGAAGGGGCACAAAUAAACACAUCAAAGACUUGUCUAGUCGCCAAUUAAUUAAGCCUCAAUUGUUGUAUCUUUUGUACGUUUUAAGUGUUAUCAUGUUUUGUUGACUGUGAUUUAUUGUUUUCAUUAAAAGUUUACUUUGUAUUGGAUCGUUUAUUUCUCGGCGGUCGCUUGUUUACUCCAUUGUUUACAAUAUUCGCCGGCACUCGUGACAAAGCUGUCAGUGGCACGUUUAAU